CGCGAGUCAGACGUCACGUAGAUGCGUGACGUAAGUUAGUGAUCUAAAGAAAGAACAUGGCGACUGACGAGGAUUCGGAAGAUUAUUUUGUUAGAGAAAUAGAAAAAAAUGACGGGUCUGUUUUAAGAAUAUAUCAGUGCAGCAGAGGGGACGUGGGCUGUGUAGUAUGGGACGCUGCUAUUGUCCUGUCAAAAUACCUCGAAACGGAACAAUUUUACAGUGUUCAGUCUCGUGUUAGUACGUGGCGCUCCAAGAACAUUGUUGAACUGGGCGCUGGAACAGGACUCGUGGGUCUCGUGGCUGCAACUCUGGGGGCAAAUGUCACAGUGACAGAUCUGGAAGACCUGCAGCCUCUCCUUCAACUAAACAUUAAGAAAAAUCAGCAUCUCAUCCACACAGGCUCAAUCACAGCAAAGGUACUGAAAUGGGGAGGAAAUGUCAAAGAAUUUCUACCUCAUUCUCAUUAUAUUCUGAUGGCCGAUUGUAUCUACUAUGAGCAGUCAGUGGAACCACUAGUAGAGACUCUGAAACUCUUGGCUGGACCAGAGACGUGUAUCAUCUGUUGCUUUGAGCAACGCACUGUUGGUGUCAAUCCUGAGAUAGAGAAGAGAUUCUUUGAGCUACUUCUGCAAGAAUUCCAGUCAGAGAUGAUCCCAUCUGAGAAACAAGACCCUGAGUUCAACAGUCCUGACAUUCACAUGCUCCACCUGCGACGAAGAGUCCACUGAAUGCCUUAUGAGCUCUUCUGUUUGGGUUGUAUGUGUUUGUGUUUCAGUGGAUUGUGUUGUUGUUGGUCAGAUGUUCAACACUGAACCAUAUGAAUACAAACUAUUUUUAAGUGCUUAUGUGGUUUGGGAGGUUGGCCUUAAUGUGAGCUUAAGUGUCUUUUUAGACAAACAAGUUAAAGUGAAUGGUUGUGUGCACCUGUGUUAAACUGGCAAAAAUAAAUCUCAAAUGUGUUUUUUUACAUACCGAUUAAGAGAAUGUUAACC